AUGCAUCAUCUGGUGCUUGUCGUUGCUGUAAUCUGCUCACAAGGUCGUGCCUGGGAGGCUCCAAUAGUUAACCUCUCUUGCUUUGGCGAUCAACCAGGUGAUGGAUGCGAGGCCGCUGCGACAAAGCUCUUACAUGCUGCAUCCGAAUCUGGCGGCGGUGCGUUUGUCCUUCACGGCCAUGGUAUCAAUGACAACUUCAUAGACAAUGUGCUUUCGUGUUCACGACGAUUAUUCACCGAAGUUGGUAUGGAAGAGAAGCAACGUUUGUCUAUUACCGGUCACGGUUUGACUCGCGGCUACAUACCUCUUGGUGGGGAGAGCGGUUCUGAUCGGGAGGAGAUCAAGGAAGCCUUCUCGUACGGAUUCGAAUGGCCUGAAGGCUACACAUCUUUUACCAACAAAUUCCAAGGACCCAAUGUUUGGCCGGCAGAGGCUUCGCCCGAAGAUAAACGCGUCUUGAACGAGUGGUUCAGUCAUGCUACACGCCUCGGCCUCUCACUUGCGGAAGCCUUCUCAAGCGUGCUAGAGACAAUUGUGGACCAGAUGGUGCGUCAAUCAGUUUACAGAGGAUUUUCCGAUAUUUUGCUGUCGAUGGAGAUGAUCGCUCAGGUGAUGUCCCCGAAGGGAGCUCCGGAGAGAAUAUCUCUGGUGCAUUUCUACUAUCCCAACUAUAACACUACCCUCGAGGGGCUCCUUGAAACCCACGCUGCCAAAAGGACCAGCCUCAUGGCGGAUCAGAAAGAGGGAGGCGCAUCACGAUGGAUAGCCGAGGAGGACAGCUACAUGAUGUCCUUCGGAGACUUCAUUGCAGCCAAAUGGUCGCAAGUGUACCGUCCAAUGUCUCAAUCUGAUGAAGAGCUUUGA